GAGCAAAUGAUUGACAGGGACAUGAUCCACCCAAAUUUGGCAAUAUAAAUACUGUAGGCCUAUAUGGUCAAACAGUCUUGGUGAGGAAUGUGACCAGAAAGUGGCCUUGUUCGAAAAAGGUUUAAGAACAGAGAAUGAUGUGUCAUCACAUCACACUGUGUGUGCUGCCUCUGAUGGUGCUAACGCAUGCAAUGACGCCUGUCUUGACCAUUCCUGUUUUUGACCCCUGUCACAACUAUACUACCUUGGAUGAACCCUGGAGAGCUACCAACUACACUGACGACUUCAGUCAUUGCGACAGUCGAGUCUCCUGGCACGGCUGGUACCGGUUGCUGUAUCAUGGACAGACUAUACGGAUGCCCGAGGAGUGCUUACGUAGAUCUGGAUGUGGCACCGCUGGCCAGCUGUGGAUGAAUGGAACCCACCCCCAACUACAGGAUGGGAUAGUUACAAGGAGGAUAUGUAAGGUUGUAGGCUUUGACUGCUGUUUUGACAGAGCCCCUCCAAUUAAAGUCAAAGCUUGUCCAGGAAACUACUAUGUCUACCAGUUUGUGGCGCCCAAUGGCUGUAAUUAUGCUUACUGUGCAGAUGUGAACACCAUAUCCACAAAUGCUUCUCCUACAUCUGCAACUGUGCACACCUCAACAGUCUCGACUAACCCUUGCGGUGACGUCCACUGCACUGAAGAUGAGGUAUGUGGGGAAGUAUAUGGAAUCUAUGGCUGCUUGUGCAAGAGCCAUCACCAACCUAUCCCAGAGUCAUUUGGAUUAGUUGCCACAUGCCACAAUAGCUCCUGCUGGAUUUCACUGUCCCGCUGCCUCCUCUUUGAGGCUGGCUUUCCUGCUCAUGUUCUACACCUCAACGAUCCAGGCUGCACAGGCACAGUCCUAGAUGGACGGGUGUGGUUCCAUUUCAGCAAUGACGACCAGAAAUGCGGAACUGUUCUAAGGGCCAAUAAAACCCACUUCAUCUAUGAGAAUUAUAUUCAGGGGACAGCCGACUCUGCAGAAGGUCAUAUUAUUAGCAGACAGAGGCAACUGAGUCUGCAGUUUGUUUGUGAAUAUCCUAUAAAUCAAAAUGCUUCCAUGGAUGUGGCUAUCCAUGUCUUAAAAAGCGCUAUACGCCUGAAGCUGCCUGCAGCACGCGGGACAUACCAAGUUCAGAUAACUCCAUAUAAGGAUGCAGACUUCACACAGCAAUUCAGUGGUAAUGCGACUGGGCAACCUGAGGAGACUAUCUACAUAGCUGUGGACGUGGAAGGAGUGGACAGCCGCCAGUUCUCCAGUAUGUUGGACUCCUGUUGGGCUACACCUAUCAAUGACUCAACCUCCUCUAUCAACUGGGACCUCAUCACUAAUCAGUGUCCCAACCCGGAAGAUGGCACGGUGAAGGUGCUGAGAAAUGGGGUGUCCACAAGCAGCCGUUUCUCCUUCAGGAUGUUCACCUUCGAUGGGGCCCCCUCUCAGGUGUACCUCCACUGCAGCCUUCACCUUUGCCCUCUGGAGGGCAACAGCUGCAUCCCGAACUGUGACCGUGUCCAUCAGCACAAAGCCCGCAGAUCUGCAGACAACCAAGAUAAUAUCACUGUUUGUUGUGGGCCACUAUUCCCUGAUGGGAAUACAGAUGUGCUGAACGUCCUAGCUGCACUGCCAAAGAGACACUCUCCUAAGCUGUAAACAUCUUUCAUUGCCAUACCCUGUCAUUAUCUUUGAUCUAAAAUCAUACCUUUUUACCUACAGGGGGAAUUUACUGAUUGAGUCAAUGAGUAUUAUGACUAACUGCAUUCAUUUUAAUAGUUCAUUCUCAUUUGUGUGCUCACAACUGUUGUGAGCAAAUUGACUAAGUGUAAACCAUUAAUUGAAAUAUGCAUAAUGCAAAUAUGAAAUUACUGUUGAAAAAAUAAAAAAAUAAAGACCUACAGUAA